ACCCGGCUGAUUAUUGUUUCAAAGUGAGACGCAACACAUACGGCCAAAAACAAGCUGGACGUGUUUGGAACCAGUUCCUGGUCAAGAAACUGAGAGAAUGCGGCUUUGCCCAAUCCAAGGUGGAUGACUGCGUCUUCUUGAUCUAUGUCUUGUACACAGAUGACUCGAUCAUUGCAGGACCUGACAAGAAAGAAAUUGAUGAAGCAAUCUCUUUGAUGAAAGAAAAAUUAGACUUGACUGUUGAAUGGGAUCUGAAGGACUUUCUCGGAGUCAACAUCAAGAAGAAAGAUGGCGGAUUUUGGCUCACACAGCCUCACCUCAUCAAUCAGAUCCUAGAGACCCUGCGACUCAAGCAAAAGGACAAACCAAAGAACAAUUCGAACUCUCAAGACACUCCAAUGAUCCAUUCCAUAAUCCUUCAAAAGGAAGCAGACUCCCCGGAAUUUGACAAUCAAUUCAAUUAUCGAUCAAUCAUUGGGAAUAUUGCCUACCUGGAGAAAGGAACAAGACCGGAACUUGCAUAUGCAUGUCAUCAGUGCAGCAGAUUUUCGUCAGCACCAAAGAAAGCACAUGGUGAAGCAAUCAAACGAAUUGGAGCGACGUUACAGUACCUUUUAGGUACGGCAGGUAAGGGAAUGUUCAUCAAACCGGACUUGAAGAAAUCAUUUGAGGUGUAUGUUGAUGCAGAUUUUUGUGGGAACUGGAACGAACGCUAUGGACAUGAUCCAGACACGGCAUGCUUGCGUCAUGGCUACGUCAUCACGUUUGCCGGUGUUCCAAUAAUUCACAAAAGUCAAUUACAAACCAAAAUCGCUUUGAGCUCUACCAAAAGCGAAUACACUGGUCUCAGUUAUGCAUUGCGUGAAGCGAUUCCCCUCAUGAACCUACUCAAGGAAAUGAAGCGGCAUGGAAUCCCUGUCCUGGAUCAUCGCCCAAAAGUCCAUUGCAGAGUCUUUGAAAACAAUAGUGGAGCAUUGGAAAUGGCAAAAAUCCACAACUGGAGACCCAGGACAAAACACCACUGCACAAAACUGCACCACUUUAGGUCAUAUGUAACGAGGAAGGAGAUUACCAUUCAUCCUAUUGAUACUGAGGAUCAACCAGCUGAUACUGACAAAACCACUGGCUGA